AUGGGAACGUGUUACUCUCUGAGUCCCCAAUCUAUUACCCCUGUGCAUCUUGGCAACAUCAUCAUACACCAGCAGCAGGAACAGCUGCAAGAUCAACCCCACAGAAACGACCGCCAGCCCCAGCUUGAGGAAGCGUGUGGUCGACAGUCCAGCACCAAGUGCAGCGGAGACAGCGGCUUCAAGUCCAGUGGCAGCCCAACUGAACCGCCUCAGUCCGUGCACGGGUUUCUUGAAGACAUCUUUCUGGACGACAGGACGGUAUGCACCGAGCACGAUAACCAACGGGCAGACAACUAUCUUCCGAGUCGAAUGGACCUACACCCCACGUCUUUGAGAGAAGAGGUCAGCAGGUUUGAUGAGGCACCUGGUGAGGAAGCUGAACCCCUGCGGGAGCGGUCCUGCUACAGUGAGUUUCCCAGUCUUUCGAAUUCUACCGUUGCGGUCUACGCAAAACGCCGAGUCUCAACCAAGGGGCUUCCUAGGCCUGGCUCAACUGAUUCCACCUUUGCUUGUGUCCUCAGACUCCGCAAAAUUCUUCAAUUAACAGAGGAGAACAGAAUCACCAAGCGUGUUUUACUCGAGAACCUCAAUUAUGCUCUCGACGUUGUUACGAAAACGUACAUUGAAGAAACGAAACGCCUGCGCGACGAGGACGAUGAGCUCUCGGAGACCGCCUGCUCCGAGGUGCCCGACGAGGUUCGCGAUUGGCUGGCCACUACAUUCACGCGGCACCAGUCCAAUGGCGGUCGACCCAUCACAAAACCGCGAUUCCGCUCAGUCGUUAACGCGAUUCGCGCCGGUAUUGUGGUGGAGAGGUGGGAAUUCCUAGCUCUGCUUUAA